AAAAUGGACGGUUUCCUCGUCCGCCAGUAUUUGUCAUUCAAAAAAUAAAAUGGACGGUCUCCUCGUCCUACAUACACUGUCCACUUUAUAAACCCUAAACUAUUCCCUCUCUCUCUCUCUCUCUCUCUCUCACUCUCACUAUCACAAACCCAAUUUGCAUUUCUUCGUCAUCAUCUAUCUACUCUUUUCUUUCUAUUUUCUCCCAGCUGCGAAAUUUCAAAAGAAGAAAAACAAAAAACAGAGUAACAUCUCAGAUUUAGCAGCUUCACUUGGAACUAAAAGUAAUCAGAGUUGCUCGAUCAUAUCAUGGAGGAAGCAACUCAAGUAGCGAGUUCCGAGGUCCCUGUAGUGAAAGGAGAUGCUGAUGACCUUAAGACAGUUGAUGUUUCCGUCAAGCCUGUGACAAAGGAAGGGAAAGAAGAGGAUGAUGGGGAGUUCAUAAAAGUUGAGAAGGAACCUUUUGACAAAGCAGACCAUGUUCCGGUUCAAGAGGAAAAACAAGUUUCAAUUGAAACAAGCUCUAGCGGUUCACAAAGAGAACUACAAGAAUCACAAGAAAAGGCCAAGGAGCUAGAGCUAGAAUUGGAAAGAGCAGCGGAGGAACUGAAACGGUACGAAUCUGAGAACACCCACUUGAAGGAUGAGCUUUUGUCUGCGAAAGAGAAGCUAGAAGAAACGGAGAAGAAGCACGGAGAGCUCGAAGCUGUCCACAAGAAGCAGCAAGAGAAAGUUCUUGAAGGGAAAGAGAGACACAGCUCUCAGUUGAAGUCCUUGGAAGACGCUUUGCAGUCUCAUGAUGCUAAAGAUAAGGAACUAACUGAAGUUAAGGAAGCUUUCGCUGCAUUGGGGAUAGAACUCGAGAGCUCGCAAAAGAAGUUGAUAGAGUUGGAGGAAGGGCUAAAGCGUUCAGACGAAGAGUCGAAGAGAUUUGAAGAGAAAGUGUCUGAACUAAAAACAGCUGUUGAAGCUGCCGAGGAAGAGAAGAAACAGGCGACCACUCAGCUACUGGAACUAGAAUCAUCUCUGAACCAAUCAUCAGCCAGAAAUGCUGAGCUUGAAGAAGACUUGAGAGUAGCUUUGCAGAAGGGCGCAGAGCACGAAGAUCGUGCUAACACGACUCACCAGCGCAGCAUUGAGCUAGAAGGUAUAUGUCAAACAUCGCAGUCCAAACAUGAAGAGGCAGAAGGAAGAUUGAGAGACUUGGAGCUUCUACUCCAGACAGAAAAAUACAGAAUCCAAGAACUUGAGGAGCAAGUUAGCGCACUAGAGGCAUUCCAAGUGAAGAGUUCGAGCCUUGAAUCUGCUUUGAACAUUGCAACCGAGAAAGAGAAAGAACUGACAGAUACAGUGAGUGAGUACAGUUUCAAGAUCAGUGAGUCUGAGAGUCUGUUAGAAAGUCUCAGGAAUGAAUUGAGUGUGACACAAGGAAAGUUAGAGAGCGUUGAAAACGACCUAAAAGCUGGUGGCUUACGUGAAAGCGAAGUAAUGGAGAAGCUGAGGUCUGCUGAAGAGAGUCUUGAGAAGAAAGGAAGAGAAAUAGAUGAAGCUAUGACUAAAACCAAGGAGCUUGAAGCUUUGCAUGAGUCUUUAAGUAAAGACUCUGAGGACAGAAUCCAAAAGGUGAUGGAGGAGUUCACUAGCAGAGACUCAGAGGCAACUGAGAGACUUAAAGGCCUUGAGGAGGUAGUUAAAUCAUAUGAAGAGCAGUUGGCUGAAGCAUCUAGCAAAUCUUCUUCUCUAAAAGAAGAGCUUGAUCAGCUUAAGGCCAAGAGUGAUGUUAUUGAGAAAGAAAAUGGUGAUCUGGCUGAAGUUAAUUUAAAGCUGAACCAGGAGCUAGCCAAUCAUGGAUCAGAGGCCAACGAGUUUCAGACAAAGAUCUCUGCUCUGGAGGCUGAGAGGGAGCAGGCAACAAAAGAUCUAAAGGAUGAGCUUCAAUCAGUUAUUGCAAAGCUUGAGGAGCAAGUAACAGUAGAGAGGUCUAAAGCUGAUACUUUGGUGUCCGAGAUUGAGAAGCUUAAAGCAGUGGCUGCUGAAAAGAAUGUUUUAGAAUCACAUGUUGAAGAACUUGAGAAGAGUUUGAAAGAAGAGGUUGAAAAUGCAACGGCUGCGUCUGUAAAAGUGGCAGAACUGACCUCAAAACUGCAGGAAAAUGAACAUAUCGCUAGUGACCGAGAUGCGCUCAAUGAGCAAGUGAUUCAGCUUCAGAGAGAUCUUCAAGCGGCUCAGAGUUCUAUUGAUGAACAGAAACAAGCACACUCUCAGAAGCAUUCAGAGCUGGAGUCUGCACUAAAGCAAUCACAAGAAGAGACUGAAGCUAAGAAAAAGGCGGUUACUGAAUAUGAGUCAAAGGUCAAAGAUCUUGAACAGAAAGUGCAGCUCGCGGAUGCUAAGACUAAGGAGACUGAGGCAAUGGAUGUAGGCAUUAAGUCUCGAGACAUUGACUUGUCAUUUUCUUCACCAACGAAACGUAAGAGCAAGAAGAAGUCAGAGGCAUCAUCAACUUCUUCUUCGGGCAACGUUACUGCUACUACUCAGACGGCUUCAACUUCACAUCUCAUGACAGUGAAGAUCAUGUCCGGAGUGGCUUUUGUUUCGGUUAUCAUCGGUAUAAUUCUUGGGAAAAAGUAUUAGACUCUCUUCUGGUGUGGUGUGAUGUUCAUAUGUGAAGAUCUAUCCUUUUUAUUUUAUUUUGGGGUUUUGAAUUUUGAUUAAACUCUCUCAUAAGGUCCAUGAGAAUGAGAUAGAUGUAAUGCUUACUAGAGUUUAUGAAGCUCUGCAUGUUCUCUCUGCAUAUUGUUUUUGGUUUUCCUUUUU